UCUCUGAGCCCGGGAUUAAACCGAGAGCAGUCCCCAGUGUGAUGACAGCAUCCUGCACGCAGACUACCCCCUACAUCACCACCAUCAUCCGGCCUGCGAGGACGCCGUGGAUUCUCUCAUCGUUUCCCGCGGACGACGAAGACGCCAGAUCUGCGCGAUCGCGGGGGGAAAAACCCUCCAGACUACCCGGUCCUCCUGCCUCCCCUUCAGUCCACGAGGUGGCGGCACCCCGACCGGAUUGGCCCUGAUGAUCACGAGGACGCGCUUCCACCUCUUUCCGGCCAAUCAUGGAGGGGCUGCCGAGCUGAUGUCUGAGAAGGCGAGAGGGUAUCUGUGUUCUGGAGUCCUGAAGAGACACGCUACAUCACGAUAAAUGGAGGAGAAGGAGCGAUGUAGGAGCAGGUCUCCUGCUCGGAGGGCCAGUCGGGUCCAGCAGGUGGUGGGGACCAUAAUACGGCGAACCCGAGAAUCACUCAGCAGGGAGCGGUUGCUAGGAGAUGGGAGGUCGCAGCGCUCCAACAGCCUUUCCAAUCAGAACUUCCAGGCCAAGCUGUCGCUGCAGAUCACCAGGGACCCGGUGCUGGACCGGAGCACCGGUCAUGGCUUCACCCUCACCAGAAACCAACCCCUGCUGGUCAGGGACAUCGCAACAGGGAGUCCUGCAGACGGGAUUCUUUUCCUGGGGGAUCAGGUGCUGCAGAUAAACGACACAGUGAUGGAGGACCUGAACGCGGAGCAGGUCGAACACGUAUUGAGAGAGAUGGAGGAUUGUAUCACAGUCACCGUCCUCCGGCACAUGACAAAUCCCAAGUCAUCCAUCAUGUCGGCGGAGAAGAGAGCUCGGCUGAGGAGCAAUCCAGUUAAAGUGCGCUUUGCGGAGGAGGUGGUGGUCAACGGGCACACUCAGGGAAACUCUCUUCUCUUCCUGCCCAACGUUCUCAAAGUCUACCUUGAGAAUGGACAAACCAAGGCCUUCAAGUUCGACCACACCACUUCUGUCAAGGACAUCGUUCUGACUCUGAAGGAUAAACUGUCCAUCCGGGCCAUCGAGUACUUUGCCCUGGUGCUGGAGCAGCAGUACAGCAUCACCAAGCUGCUCCUGCUGCACGAGGACGAGCUGAUUCAGAAGGUGGUGCAGAAGAAGGACUCACAUGACUACAGGUGUCUCUUCAGGGUCUGCUUCAUCCCCAGAGAUCCGAUGGACCUGCUGCAGGACGACCCCUCUGCGUUUGAGUACCUCUUUUUCCAGAGUGUCGGGGACGUACUGCAGGAGCGCUUCGCAGUAGAGAUGAAGUGCAACACGGCUCUCCGCCUCGCUGCCCUGCACAUGCACGAGCGGCUGGACACCUGUGGACAGACAAGGACCUCCAUCAAGGCCAUCACGAAGGAGUUUGGUCUCGAUAGCUUCAUCUCGCCCACGCUGCUGAGCAACAUGAGAGAAAAGGACCUGAGAAAAGCCAUCAGUUAUCACCUGAAAAAGAUCCAGGCGCUGCUGGAGCCACGCCAGAAGGUGAUAUCUGCUUCUCAGGCUCGGCUGGCCUACCUCACCCAGCUGGGGGAGCUCAUUUCCUACGGGGGUCGGUCCUACACUGCAACCAUGAUGCUUCAGGACAGAGAGGUGUUGGUCAACCUCCUGGUGGGGGCCAAGUACGGGAUGAGUCAGGUCAUCAACCACAAGCUCAACGUGAUCUCCACCCUGGUGGAGUUCAGCAGCAUCAGCCGAGUGGAGCUGCUCUCCGAGUCCGAGAAAGUCAGUCUGCUCCGCGUCUCUCUGCACGACAUGAAGCCAUUUGCCUUACUGAUGGACUCUCUGGCAGCCAAAGACUUAGCGUGUCUUCUGAGGGGCUACUGCAAACUCCUGGUCGAUCCCAGCCUCAAUGUCUUCCGUCUGGGGCGCCCGAAAGUGAGGGUGCACCGAAUUCCUGCUGAAGAAGGUGUGUGUGGAAAGGUCGCCGUUGUAGAGGGCGUGUGCUAUGAGUCCCUAUCAAGUUAUGUCUCCCGGUGCUGUAGUGAUUCAGAUGACUCAUCUGAUUCGGAUGACCCAAUGGAUUCCCAGAAUCCUGACCCAGCAUGUGAGGACUGGGAGGAGAGAAGGAGAGAGGCGGAGGAAAAAGGGAGAGAGGAAGACAGAAGAGAAAGAGAAGAGCACAGUGGCAAACAGGAAGUGAAGAUAAUAGUCACAUCAGAGGGUAAAGAAUGUGAAAGUCCGGCUGAAGAAGGUGCUACAAGUGGGCUGCGGAAGUCGUGUGCGAUAGAUGAGCAGAUGAAUCUGGAAACAUCGUGGUACCACACUGAUCCUCGCGUCACCAGCAGUUUCUCCAGCCUCUCCAGCGGCUCGUUGAGUGCGGCCCUGGAGGAGAGCAGUGUGGCAGCCGCGUCGCGACUGGAUUCACGAUCCGGCGAUGAGCUGCCGUCCUUGGACGUUCACCAGCCUUUUCUUUUGGAGCCAAAACGACGGCUUCGCCCCGCCAAUCUCAACCAUCACGGAAAAGACCACUCCUACCUUUGCUUUGCAGACCUCUCCAAGACGGACGUUCUGCCGAGCCCAUCAGAGGCAACCAGCGACGAUGAUGAUGAAAAGGAGGUGGUGGAGGAAGAAUUACGAGUGCAGGGACUUCGGAGGAUUUCUAAGAUUCCAAGUUCAAGAGAUCUUAGAAUGAUUGAUACUAUACCGUUUGACAAAUCACCAGUUAAGAGAAGAAAAAAGGUCCCUCCCAAAGUCCCAAUUCGGACCAGUUCCAUUCCCAAGGCAGAGAAGCGACUUUCUAAAGACGAAGAGGGAAUGUUUUUAACACCGUCGCCAAACCCCAAACCGUCUUAUUUGUUCAAGGACGGAGCCUCAGAAUCAGAAGACGAGUUCUUUGAUGCACAAGACAGAUUCACCCCACCAAAUGCUGCCCUAUCAGAUGCUGAAUUGGCUGACCAGAAAAAUGCUAAUCGUUUAAGCGUGACCAAGAACGGCCUUCAAGCUAAUGUGCACUCCGCACCUACCAAUAACACACAAACACCCAAAAUCCAUGUUAGCAACAAGGGACCACCUACUGCACCUAAAAAUAUACUGCCUAAUAAACCAAAGCCCUUUGAAAAGCCAGAAGUCAAGGUCAAACCACCAUUAGCCCCCAAACCCCAGCUACCUCCUAAACCUCAGAUAAUUCCACCCAAGUCGCCACAGCACGGGAGGUCAUACGCCCAUUGCAACGGCGACGCCUCUGGACUCUUGGAAAUGGAGCCGGACACAAUGGAGUUCAAGUCGGUAACAUCUGGAGCAGGUGGAUUGCCCCUGUCCUCUCCUCUCAUCACUGCGGUGCGGUGUAGCAAACAGCCCGUCACACUCCAGAAUGGCUGUCACACUAAAGGCCAAGAAAGCAUCGUAAAACCGAUACAACAAAAUGGAGUCCAUGUUUCCAAGGAAAAUAAUCUCCGCAUGAAAGACGGAAGUGGAUCCCCUAAAAUCGAGGGUAAAACCACUGUGAUUACGAAAAAGCCACCAAAUCUUCCACCGAUCCCUCUGUCCAAUUCGGGCUCAAAGUUAGCCGCUCCUCCUCCGGUGCCUCCGAAACCAACCUCCCCAACAAAUCUCCACCCCUUAUCCUUACCUGCAAGUUCCCCUGUCUCCCCGACUGACCCAGGCAAAGGCAUCUUCACAGACAAUGUCAGUCCAUCAAACGGAAUUCUUCCUUGGAGUAGCCGCAACGGCAGCGUACAGUCAGGACCUAGGCGGGUUUCAGUGAGCCAUGAGAGCCUGUCACCCAAAAAUACUGACGUCCCAGUCAUCAGCUCCCUCAGCUCAUCCAACCCUAAGAGUCUGGAUAAUAGAGAACCAGGAAGACCAGGAUCAGGGUCGGAUUUAAGAACCAGCUCCUCUAGUCUUGGAGGAAGGUUACCAGCAUCGGCCCUCAGGGGGAAGAUCCAGGCACUUCCCUGGUACAUGACCCGGUCCCAAGAGAUUCUGGGAACUCUGGACUAUCCUUCAACCAGCUCAAUUAAUGGUGACACAUCUGGAUUUGGCUCUGGUUUGUCUGUAGCCAGCGGUUUAUCAGAUCUGAACAAAACUCCUGUGAAAGAAAAUGAGGGUGUGGCCUUGAAAUCUGGAGGCAAGGGGACCAUUUUGGAUGAUGGCGCCGAAGUUGUCAUUGCCACUAUCAAGGAGGCUCAGGAUGUUUGUAUCAAAAAGUCCAAUGGGAUGAAUGGGUCACACCCCAAUCUAAAUUUCAAAGAGACUCUUUCACAUAGUGGGAGUGUAUCAUCAGAGCAGCCUCAGUCCCGGAACCAUUCAGCCGUGGGACUAGGAGGCGUGUCCAACAUGCAGAUUGGAGACUCUCCUACGUCUUCUCUCGCUGACAGCACCCCUCCACAGCAACACCGGGAGGCCUGUGGCUGUCGCACUGUAUAUGCCAACUGUUUCAGCGGGGACAAUGAAGAUGGCAUCAGUUUUGAUGAGGAGCUAACCAUUUAUGAAUUUUCACGUCGAACAAAGCCCAAAACAGCAAGACCACCCCCUGCUUCUUCCCCUACCGGACCUUCUCCGAAUAUCUUGCUACUUCUCAAGGACAACCCUCGUCCACUAUCGGCGUUCUCCACUGCCUCUUCGGAACUCAGCCCCUUGGUCUCGUGUCCAGUGUCUCCCUCUACCUCAUUCAAUGGUUCCCUUCGCACCCUUACCAACAAGAAUUACGGUGGGCUGAAGGGAGGUUUUGCAUCUCUGAGACAAGACAUUGAUCAGCUUUUAUUGGUCUUGGAAAGGGGUUCCCCUGAUCCGCUUCAUAAGCAGGAUGCCGCCUGCAUUAAAUUAGGACCUGACUUAAAUCACAACAGAAGCGAGGCAAACACAAAUUUAAUGCCAGGUGCAUCUUGUACUGGGACAAACCCAGCCGCGAUGACUGAGGCAGAGAGAAGUCUACUUCAGGCGGAAGCUCGACGGUUGGCAUCCGGGUGUCAGCGUGCCACACGAGUAGGAUGGGCCCCGGACGAAGCUCUGCGUUCUUUAUCCAACAGCUUCAGUGCCCUGGUUCAGCUGUCAGCAGCAUGCCUGCGAAACAAUCCCUGUCCUGGCUGUGACAUCUGUCAUGACUCAGGUCUGGCAGAUGGGGAUAAGGACGAAGACAGCCAGGAGGCCAUGGACAAGUUGAAAGAGAUAGUGUCGCUCUACCGUGAGUUCGUGGGAGCUGUUGAGACAGCAGGAACUGGAGCGGGGAGUAAAAGUUUAGGCCUCACUGGGUCUGGAGAAACUGAUGGAGUGAGGCUACUUGCCAAGCGCUGCACUGUACUUAUCUCCUCAGUUUUCGCACUCACGCAGCUCUUCCGUACUCGCACAUUGGACACGGCAGACACGCCAAGUAGCAUACCUCUCAACUUUUGAACUCUGAUCUACGAACAUGUACUCAGCCCGGGGUUCUUGUACAGCAGUGCCAUGCCCUCCGCAGCACACAUAUCCACUAUUGAACAAACACAAUAUAGAACUUUAAAAAGGACACUUUGUGGACGCAUAUGGACUAUGCAUUUGUAUAUAUGAAUUUUAUAAUUAUCUUAUCUUAUUUUAUUAUACGAUAUGCCUAUGUAAGGACGGAUUAACCAUGUACGUAUUUAUGUAUUUAUUUUUACAAUGUUUGCACCAUGGUCUGUGACAUACAGGAAAAAAAAUCUCACUGGAAUUUUUAUUUUUCCCUCUUGAUGACAGUAUUAUGUUGACUGCUGCUUUAUGAACUCCCCUCAAGGUGUAAUCUGUAAAGUGUCAUUUUACAGAUUUAAACAUUCACACUUUAACCUAAAGUCUGGUUACUAAUUGAUUUCUUUGUAUGUGCGGUGUAUUUAAUUUCAUGACAAAAAAAAAAGUAAAUCACCUUAACAUUGCAGGGAGAGCACUUUUGACUGUUACAGAUUGCACCUUUUUAUAAGACACGCCCUUGUGUUCAGUGUUUUUUACCUUUUCUUGCUUGGUCCUGACUGACUCCAUGUGACUUGUUCAUAGAAAAGUAUAAUCAUUACCCAAAUGUAUGCAGUAUUACGUUUCCAUCCAAAGGACUUUAUACAGUAUAUGAGAGCGAGGCCCUGCAAACACAGCAAUGGAUCUUAUUUAUGUUUAACAUCCGUGUCUGCACAAGAGUGACUGUUACCGUAUUUCAGAUGUAGCAUAGAUCCAAACUCCUAAAACCACUGAGCCACCUUUUUUGGACUGCUGUAUACUGAAGUUCCACUUGUACAUUUUCACCUUCAUGGUCUUUCUCUACCUUUAGUUUACGGCUAUGCAAACCCAUCCCCGCGUAUACACUCCUGUUUUGUCGUGCCAACCAAAACAGAACAUCGACACGUUUGCCUGACUAUAACAAGAAAUGCCCUUGUUUGGAAUGCCGGUUCUCAACUCCUGGAAACACUCAUAAGAGAUGCUUGUUCUUUAAAUGAGGACUCCUGUUCAUAUCAAUGUCUGUGAAUUGUCAGUAAAAAGAUAAUGCUACCUGAUCAGUCUGUUCAGUGUUCAUCGAUCGCCAAGCUCACUUUGUGUGACGAUCAUAAAAUGGUUUCGCAUAGUUUUCGAGGGCUUUUAUGUGGAGGCCCAUGUGACUUCCCAAUCUGCAGUGCAGCAAAGAUCUAGAGUAUGUGUGACAAAUUCAUGCGGCAAAAGCAGAAUCUGGCACGCAAGGUCUUUUAAUACUAUUUUAAAGUAGCACCAAAACCCUCCACUGCCUGUUCAUGUCAUAACCACACAAAAAUUCAUUUUUUUCAAAAAGCAAAAAAUGACUUAAAUGCUACAAGAAAAGGAAAUUGGUCCUUACACAAUCACCAAAAUUCAACUUUUGCAUUUUAAUCAAUAUUUUCGCUUUUCUUGAUGUUCCCAUGGUCCAAGGAUGCCAGACAAGUUUUUAUGUCAUUUUUUGGCAUUUUGCGUGUGGGCCGGCCCUGAGUUUCGGCUUUUUGAAGCAAGUGAAGUUGUUCAGUCGACAAUUUAUGGAUUAGCUUUGUGCUAAAAUUAGACAUUGUGUACAAUACAUUUUGUUCAGUCUCAGACUGGGACUGUUCAAAAUUCUGUUUGACACCCAGCUCCAGAAUCAAAUGUGUGACUCUAUGGAAAGUAUCCUUCACUGGAGCUGCUGAGCUGAAAACUGAGGUGAUUUCAGGGCUUUGACUUCAUUCAUUUCAACUGGAUGAAUCAGGCUCAGGAAGGGUGGUGGUUGAACAUGAAUUUAACCAGAAUAAGAAGAGAAUUUGUUCAUCUUUCCGGGGUCAUUAGCAUUUUCACCUGUUUGUUGGAGCUUAGUAGCGUUUCACAAGCACGAUCUGUCUUCAAUAUGGAGCCGAUGUACUUGCAUAUGCUGGGAAUAAAACCUAACCUAAAAGCUGGC